AUGGCCGCGCCGCAGCAGGUCCGCGCGGUGCCCCUCGCGCGCGCGCUCCGCCUCCGGGCACGCGCCUCCGCCGCGCCGGCCAAGCCUACCGAGACCUCCCGCCGCGCGCUGCUCGGCCUCACGGAGCCGGACCUGCGCCAGCUCGCCGUCGACCUCGGCCAGCAAGGCUACCGGGGGAAGCAGCUGCACGACCUCGUCUACAAGAACCGGGCCAAGCAGAUCGAGGAGUUCGCCUACGUGCCCAAGGUGUUCCGGGAGGCGCUGGUUGGGGCCGGCUGGAGCGUCGGCCGGUCGCCGGUGCACCACGCCGUCACCGCCACCGAUGGCACCACCAAGAUACUUCUCAAGCUGGAGGACAACAGGUUGGUCGAGACGGUGGGGAUCCCCGUCGACGACAGGGGCACGCCGAGACUCACCGCCUGCGUUUCAUCGCAGGUUGGCUGCCCCUUGCGCUGCUCGUUCUGCGCCACGGGCAAGGGAGGGUUCGCGAGGAACCUUAAGGGGCACGAGAUCGUCGAGCAGGUCUUGGCCAUAGAGGAGUCGUUCAAGCAGAGGGUGACGAAUGUGGUGUUCAUGGGAAUGGGUGAGCCCAUGUUGAAUCUGAAAGCAGUUUUGGAGGCACACACAUGCUUGAAUAAGGAACUAAAGAUUGGCCAAAGGAUGAUGACAAUCUCCACAGUAGGUGUUCCCAACACGAUAAAUAAGCUAGCAACUCACAAGCUUCAGUCAACGCUGGCGGUCAGCCUACAUGCCCCAAAUCAGACGCUGCGUGAAACUAUUGUUCCAAGUGCGAAAUCAUAUCCGCUGGAAGCACUAAUGGACGACUGCAAGAACUAUUUCCUCGAAACGGGACGCAGGGUAUCCUUCGAGUACACUCUGCUAGCUGGGAUUAACGAUGACAAGGCGCAUGCUGAAGAACUCGCGGCACUGCUGCACGCCUGUGGAGGUGGGUACCACGUGAACCUGAUUCCCUAUAACCCAGUAGAAGGUUCCGAGUACAAGAGGCCUUACAGAAAAGCGAUUCAAGCAUUUGUCGAUGGGCUGGAAUCUCGGAAGAUCACGGUCAGCGUUCGACAGACCCGUGGGCUUGAUGGUAAUGCAGCUUGUGGGCAACUCAGGAAUGAGUUCCAAAAGAAUCCACUGCUUGAAUCAUCUAUGCCCUUGGAGCCGAACCAGCUGAUCGAGUCGUCUACACCCUCAGAGCCCAGUCUCGUUGCUGCUUGACAUUGGAGUUUUGUACCUGAAUUACGUAGGAACUGAGUUAUCUCCUGUGAAAUUUUGCAUUGUAAAGUUCACACAGGCCCUGAGUGGCUUUUUGCCGAUACGUAUAUUACCA